CGAUGCUAUGUGAAUACGAUAAGUGGGGCUGAGUUGCUUCAGCCUUCUAUACAGAGAAGUGGGAAGUCGGACAGCGUCUGCAUCCAAUACUCCUUCACUCCAUCGCAAGAAGAUUCCCAUAUAGAGCGCAGCGAAUACACAUCACUGUUCUUGAUGGCUGGCAUCCGGACCGCUCUUGCCAUCCCCACCGAACCAUGGGAAGCCGCGAAAGCGAGAUUUCUUCAUGACUUGACGCCUUCUGAAAUUCAAACAUUCAACGACGCGACACUAGAGAAUUUGUUCUAUGAUGCAAGCACAACUCAAAAAAAACAUGCAACUGAUAGUAGAACCCAGAUCGUGCUGGAGCGCAUCACCUCUUUUGUCGAUGGUAUCGAAGACUAUGGCAAGGCACUAGAUGUAUUUGCCAAUACCUCUUCGAUGAUACUGUGUCCCCUCUGGGGAGCUAUCCGGGUUAUCAUACAUAUCGCUGGCGAGGCUGGCAAGUUCCAGGAGAAACUCAUGGACAUGCUAGCACAGAUUGGCGAUGUUAUUCCACGUUUUCGCAUUUACCAAGUACUCUAUAGAAAACACGAGCGCCUUCUUUCUGCUCUGACCGAAGCAUACCUGGAUGUUCUCAAAUUUUGCACGAUGGCCAAAGCUUACUUCAAGCGUGCAAAGAAAUCUCGUCUCCCUCUCGCUAUCGUCCUCCAAGGAUGCUGGAAGCCUUUCCGCCUAGAUUUUGAAAAUACCAUGACCAAGUUUCGUCAACAUAAAAAAACAGUCGAAAAGGAGGCUUACCUUUCACACCAGAUCGAAGCAGCAAGAUCUCGUGAGAUUGAGCUAGCUCAGCGCAUGCAAGAUGAUAGAAGACGCAGGCGUUACACUGUGCUUUCAGCCCUGCGCGCUGUUGAUUACGAGGCUAAACACGCCAAGCUGCUAUCUGCAAAGCACCCCGGAACAAACGAAUGGAUACACUCCAAUGCUUGCUAUGAUGACUGGAUAAAAUCAUCAAAGUCUACAUGCUUGCCCUGCUACGGAAUUCCCGGCUCUGGGAAGUCGGUUCUAGCAGCAAGUGUUAUUGAUUCGCUUGCCGGCGAUUUUCCUGUGAUUAUGCAAUUACCACUGGAGAAAAUUGGCGACAACCUCAAUUGUCCCUUCAAAGGAAAUAGUCCCCCGCCCUCCUCCACUGUUAGCAGAGCCUUUCUCACACGUAUUUUUCGGGAGUUUAAGACUGCAUACAUAGUCAUCGAUGGAAUUGACGAGCUAUCAUCGAAUAGCCAACGCCAUACACUUGAAUUGAUUGCUGACCUGCUGAGCGCAUCACAUUCGACGAUUGCCAAGAUUUUCGUCACAAGCCGGUCUCAGGAACAUCCCGUCAGAAACGCAUUGAAAGACUAUAAGUGUCUUGAUCUCUCUACCGUUGACGUGGGUGGUGAUAUCUCCACAUUCAUUGUUGGGGAGAUGGACAUUCUGAUGAAGCAAAACUCGUUACUGGAAUCAGAUAGUAUCAGGCAGGAAGUUCUCCGCGCUCUUACUGCUGGAGCUGAGGGAAUGUUUUUGUGGGCGAAGUUCCUACUGUACGAGAUAGGCGAAGCACUGUCAGAGAACGACAUUAGGCAAGCGCUAGACAAUCUCCCCAAAAACCUCAGCGAAGUCUACUCCCGCAUCAUUCUCAAAACCCACAAUAAAGGCGGUGUUCAACGUAUCAUCUUUCUCAGAAAGGUUUUCAUGUGGCUUGUAUGUGCACAGCGACCUUUACACAUUGAGGAGCUCCGAGAGGCGGUCGCACUAGAGAAGACAGAUGCAUACUUGCAUACGGAUCGGAUUGCCUCUGGUUCGGGGGAUCGACUUGUGGGCGCGUGCGAAAAUCUCGUUACAUUGCACGAAGAUGGGACAGUUCAUUUUACACAUCACACUGUAAAACAAUUUCUUUGUGCGGAAAGCACUAAAACAUCUUUGGUAGGGGAAAACUUUAUUUAUGUUAAUUUUGACGAGGCGAACCACGAAUUAGGAGAGAUUUGUCUGGCUUACCUCAGCUUCUCCGACUUCGAAACCAAGGUAGCUACGAUACCAGCUCCAUUGAAGCUCCCACCUGGCUUCAGUGAGAAGCUCAUAUGGCGCGGGGUACCUCUGGGCAAACAUAUCGCAUCAUUGAUUUCGAAAAGGCAUUCGACGACAUCGUCAGCUGAAGCAUUGAAUUUGGCUUCCGUCAAUUUCCCCGUUCCAUGUGAGAGUAACUCUUCACAGAUUCUCACAGCGCAAUACAUUCUUCUGGAAUAUAUGAUCCUUUUCUGGCCUUUUCAUUCUGCUGGAUUCACACCUCAGCAUAGUUCCUGUUGGUCUGUUUUCAGGGAAUUUGUAUUGGAGCAGAAGCGUCCAUUCAAUUUUCGCCCUUGGACACAGUUAACAUCCAAAGACAAGAAGGAAAAUCAAUUCGAAUCCGUUCUUGAUAGCGGUGGGAAUGAAAUCAAAGUGUUUAAUGGUGACACGUGGUUAAUUCCAACGACAUGGAAGGAAGAGUUUGGUCUAUAUACAUGGAGCUUGAAGCAUGGAUACAAAUCACUGUUGCACCUUUCGGACACGAAAUUGCGUGGAUCAUAUUUCCAAGAGACUCACUACUCCUCUUUUGCCCAAGACUAUUUCAACACUCUCUUGGGUUAUCCGGAUAAGACGGAGGAGUAUGUAGCACUCAACUUCUGGUCCCCCUUCAAUAUCGCAUGCAACGACCACGCGUAUUACGCUGGAGGAUUAGAAAGGAUUAGGUUCCUUGCCGAUGAACAUAGAAGAUGGGUGGACCCGAAAGGUGGAGUCUUCAAGUUACUGGUCAUGGAAGCCAUUAUUAUCUUCCUCAGCUCUCAUCGUGCAGUGCAUCGCGAGUUCUGGACGUCUCAAUUUGUAAGAUAUUUUCAGCUCUAUCUUGGCGAUUUUGAGGAAAUUUAUGACGCGAUGCAAAACAUUGGCUUAUCACCUGAGAUGUAUGUACUACAAUAG